CAGUUACGUUUUUGUUCCAGAAAUAUCAAGAGAUAUAAACUUGGUGUAUUUCAUUGUUUGAUUGACACUUUUUCCUUCUCCAUUGUAACAAAUCCUCAGUUCUUGCUGUUGAAAGAUUAAAAGAUAAAACAAGUCAGAUGAUAAGUAUUAUACUACGAAAGACAUAAACCCUGAGCUUGAUGAUAAUAGAUACAGCCAGGUAAAAACCAUUACAUUGUUGCGCUUUAUAGUGCUUAGUUGUUUUGUUUUCACGUUCCCUUACUAGUCAAUAUUUCAAGUAAAACCAUGGAUUUUCCUGAAUUCUGGGAUUAUUUUGCACAACAAGCUGCCUCGCCAACUGAACCAAAUGCCUUGUUGGAAGAAAGGAUGGAAGAAACGACACCUUUGCCACCAUUUUCAUCUAUAUGUUCAAGUGAUAUAGAAACUAUAUUGAACUCACUUUUCCCUUGCGAAGACGAACUUCAAAAUGAUAUGGACUAUGAAGCUGGAUACACAGUCGAUGACAACCACGAUCAUGAUAUGAUUGCAAGCUUUGAGCCGUUUGAGCGAAUUCUUGAAGCAACUCAGGAAUACAAUAACCAAAUUCUCUCAAAUAAUAACACACAAAAUUGUCAAAGCGACAAUUUUACAAGCAACUCAGUACUUGAUACGUUGGAGCAGCUUUUGGCCUCAUCAUACAUCAUUAAUAAGCCAAACUCGUCAUCUUCAUUCUCUUCUGAUACUUCUGAUGCUUCAGAUGCUUCGGAUGCUUCGGAUGCUUCUCUUCAAACUGAGACAAAUACAACAUCAUAUUCAACCCAAAACAGUAAAUCUUUAAAGGAACCUUCUGAUGUCUCUAAGAGAGUUGAAACUUGGCCUUCACAGCUUCGUCGCCCUUACACAGAUCACAAAUCCAAAAUUUUGCCUCCGAAAGAUCCAGCUUUUAAGCCAACACUUUCCCUGUGUACGGACACUUCACUUGUUGAUGAACCAUGGAAACCAAAUGUUUCAAAGAAAAUUUUAGCGGCUUAUUAUACACCGUUAAGCUUGAAGUCAGAGUACCUGGCUACUCAAACAGCUCUUGAUGAGUUUCAAACACUUGCGUUGAAAGAAUUGUUGCAGCUUUUCAUGAUGUCGCUCUUCGUAAUAACAUUACCUACAAAAUAGGACAAAGUAAUUAUCCUGAUUCAUGUCCAAAAACACUUGAGAGCACAUGUAGAAAGUAAGGGCGUACAGGCGAUUGCUAGACAGUGAUAAAGUCACUCUCUUGUCCAAUGUAUUUUUCGAUGUGAUUGCAAUGAAAAGUGUCCUCACUUAUGACCACCUAACCGACAGUUGGAGUUGUUCAGGUAUACGAGUUGAUAGAAGGGACGUUUUCCGUUUGGAUCCCUGUUUGCACAAUGGCAUUGUUCGUGUUAUUGAGACCUUUCCAGAUCGAUGGCGAGGAGAUUUAGCAGUUGCAGCUCUUAUUUACUUGAUCAUUAUCUUCAAUCCAGAUCUGCCUAAUCUUAAAUUUAGUGAAUCCAUAAGGCUGGAACAAUACACUUACAUUUACCUGUUACAACGAUACUUGGAAACGACUUGUGAAUUCCCGUAUGACGCCUCAGAUUACCAUUAUCGUUUACUGGCCAAAAUCGAAGAGAUUCAAAACCUGAGACAAAACAUGCAGAGAGUUUUUGAAAUUGUUAGCGUGAAUUUCCCGCUAUCGGGUCGUAUGACUACAUUGGUCCAGUGUAAUGAUUGACCUAACAAGUUUUACCAUGGACUAUCAUGCCGCACAUUAUCAUCAGUAUCUAAUUAGUAAUUAAACUUGUACAGACGAAGCACAGAAGAGAUUUAGGAAGGACAAACAAAUAUUUAAUUUUAAAUAUGUAUGACAAGCUUGAAAAUUUCGUCUAAAAUUAACCCUAAUUUAACAUUCUCCAAGUUCGUCUUAACUUUUGUUUCUAUGUUUGACGAAGGAGUUGUUUAAAGUUUUCAUGUAAACUUGAUUUAUAAAGAGCGAGUCAACAAUGUUAAACAAAAUAUCAACAAUAACAAUGGUAUCAUAACUCCAAA